AUACGUUGCGAGCCGCCGCUCAGCAAAAGCAUUUACCGCCGCGCCGCGCCGCUAACGCAUCCCUGUAGUUUCGUAUCGCAAUUCUGUGAAGCAGUUAGAAGUCGUUUACGAAUUCGCUUCGGCUCGAGAACAGUGAACUUACGGUGUUGGUAAAGUGAUAUUAAACAGGUCGUGAACUCGCUUUGAUCAUGGAGAAGAGGAUAGCUUUGGAAAAACGCGGUCGAGACCCUAGUGAGAUCAAAGAAUUGAACUUGGACAACUGUCGGAGCCCCAACAUUAUUGGUUUGACUGAUGAGUUUGUAAAUUUAGAAGUUCUUAGUCUUAUCAACGUUGGAUUGACCAGUCUGAAAGGUUUCCCCGUCCUGCCCAAUUUAAAAAAGCUGGAAUUGAGUGACAACAGAAUUUCAAAUGGAUUGAACCUUCUUCUCACCAGUCCUAAGUUGACAAACCUCAAUCUAAGUGGGAACAAAAUCAAAGACUUAGCUACUUUGGAACCUCUCAAAGACUUCGAGCAUCUCAAAUAUCUAGAUCUUUUCAACAAUGAGGCAACCGGAGUUGACAACUACAGAGAAAAAGUCUUUGCUCUCAUUCCAAGCCUUAAAUAUCUUGAUGGGUUCGAUGUCAAAGAACAAGAAGCAGAUGACAGUGAAGCUGAAGAUGAGGAAGUCAACGGCAACGAUGAUGAAGACGACAGUGAUGGGGGUGAGGGUGAAGAUGAGGAAGGUGUAGAUGAAGAAGAAUUAGUUGAAGAAGAGGAAGAUGAAGAUGAUGAAGAAAUGAGCCUAAAUAGAGUUUAUGAUGAACAUUUAGAUGAGGAAAGUGAAGGUGAUGAUUAUGAAGGUGAGCUAGAUGAAGAAGAUGAUGAAGAAGACGGCAUAGAAGAAGAAGAAGAUGAAGGAGAAGGUGAAACAGAAGGAGACACGACGCAAAAUGAUGAAGAAUCACCAGCAAGAGGCAAAAAGAGAAAGCACGAAGGCGAAGAAGAAGAGCCUAACGCAGAAUGAGUCAGUGUCGUGGCUGAAUUUUAAAUCAGGUUGACCAAUGUGUUUAUGUAUAUGUUAUACAGAUAAUUUAAUGUAAAGCAUGAUUCUCGCCCCGAAAAAUUGAUCAGUUUAGGUAAGCGACAAACCCUAAAUUUUAUGAAUUCCUCUCCCUAGUGUGUAUAUCUUUAUUAUUUUUCUCAAGUUUCAGUUCUGUUAGGGAUUCCAUACGCCUGUAGAGUGUUUUAGUGCCGACUGUGAAAGAAAUGCCAGUUGCCAACUUUACAGCCAAGUCAAUAAGAUGAAAUAGAGUUGACAUUAAUUUGGGUAGUCCAAUGAGUACAGCGUAUCCCUAAUUUGUUUUGAAAUGAAGGAAUUGAAUCUAUCAUCCAAUCGUAAUUUGACGAAACUGGUAUUUCUGGAGAUAAUUUGGUUGAUUCAGUAAAAACAAAAACUCUCUAUUGUGAUCUCACUGACCUUAAUUGUUAACGAGUAAGCAAAUCAUUACUUGUUCAAAGGCUCAAAUGAUUUUUAUUUAUCUAUUUUUUUAACAGGUAAUGCCAAUUUUUGUAUCAUUCAAUGCUACGAGCCUGUAAUCAGAUACAUGGUUUGCUUGAGGUCACGCCUAAGCAGUCUAUUUAUUCCUUUGAAUCAAUGAUAGUUAAAAAAUAACAUUAAAAUAAAUUAGAAUCUUGCACGGUCAAGUCAACACAAAAAUAAUUGAUAUUUAUAUUAAUAAAUUAUAUAUAUUAUAUAUACAUGUUGAUAGUUAUUUGUAAAAGCUUCAAAUGUUAUUUUCUUGAGAUGUAAGUUAUCACAUUAUUUUCUUAAACUGUCUAGAUUUUUAGUAAAAAGAGAAAACCUAAAAAAAAAAGAGGACAGAUCCCUGUUUUUUUAAAAUCUUCAUUCAGAUGUAUACAUGUAUUGAGUCUUUUAUAUAUGUACAUAUUUCUGUUGGGUUUGAAAGUCAACACCAUUCUUGCAAGUUUUCAGGGUGUCUACAAAGUUACAAAUCAGCAAAAAUUGGAAAAUCCAGGGAAAAAUUUUACCCUAAAUUGACUUAAUCUUCAUAUGUGUUUAUAUGGCCAUUAGAACAAAGAUUUUUCACCUUUCACCAGGGAAAUUGAGAACUUCCAAGUCAAUUUAAAACAAGUAGCAGAAAUUGCUUCUUCACUAAUGCACGCUGGUAGAUCGUUGUUGAAAACAAAAAUAAAAUUUGGGGAAACAACGUAAUGUGGGUGAGGGAGAAACCCAAAAUAGUUGGGUAUUUUUUCCUUCAAAGUUCGUAGGCAUCCUGGUUCUUAUAUAGCUAAAGAUAAUUAUAAAAAUUUUAGAGUCCUGGCUCGUGAUGAUUUGUCGAAGCUCAGACUGAUCGCUUGCCUUGCAAUGAAAGCAGUUUGAAGCCUUGUUAAGUUCCUUCAUUUAAUUUGUGUAUAUUUUUCCUCGUCCUUUCGUAUUUUGUAUGAGCUAAAGAAAAUGUCUUAAAAGCUAAUCAUCUAAAAUAAAUUUAGUGGUUUCCUCUUUCUUUUUUUUCUUCUUUUUUACAGUAAUUUUUUAAAUCUAUCUUCUUUUAGCAAUCUUCACAAACAAAUCCGUUAGUCUCUGCUAAGUCCCCCUCAAAUAAUGUAUUCUCUUAAGGAAAUACGCUAUCUUUUCUUUUCUAUUAUUUAUCUUAAUUUUUACGAAGCUGACUGUGUUGUUGAAGAUGAUUUUGUGUACAUUUUGUUGAACUGUGCUGUCAAAUCAGUUGUAAAAAGAUAUUUUAUCCUGACUUCUUAUUUUUUAUUAAUUGAAGGAUAAUGGAAGGAGUGAAAUAUAUUCAAAUUAACAUGUGAAAGAUUUAAUUUGUUAUUUUUAGAGUGUUGUUUCUCGUUUACUUGAAAACAUUGGAAUGAUGCCUAAACAUAAAUUUACAUUCUAGCCCUCAUUUUUCAACUCUUCGCUGUUCCAAAGGACACUAGAAUUCAGUAAAAUCUCACUGUAUCAACUAGAGCCGUUGAUGAAUUAUCUUAUUGGGUGCGGCAAGUCAAGGUUUCACCAUGUUCAAAUAUCUUAUAAUAAUAAAAUAAUUCUGAGUCCUUUUCUAAAAGAGCUUUGCAAGCCCAUACCGGAAUAAAGCUAUGGAACCGUG